AUGGCGAACGUAAUGCUGACGAGCGAGGCGGCCAAGGACCCGAACAAGCCCUUUGCGCUGCGCGUCGAGGACGUCUGCGCCAAGUUCGACGAACUCGUGGCCGAGUGCCUGACGCUCGUGCAGUGCGAAGAGCAGUUGGCGAGCGAGGAGGACGAGCCGAGCAGUGUGGAGGACCAAGUGGUCAAGAAGCUCGAGCAGUUCAACUUGGUGUGUGACGAGCUCUACAAAGAGAUUCUUCGGCGGAAGGAAAAGCUGCUGUACCUCAUGGAAAAGAGUCCCAAGAACGUGGAUUUGCAUCGCCAGAUUCAAACAGCCGGCAAACUCGUCCAAGUGGUGGGCGACUUUCGACACUUUCUCGAGACAGGAAGCGGCGAUGUCGAUGCGCAGUAG